AUGCACGCCCUCGCCCUCGCCCUCCUCCUCGGAGGCGCCGCCGCCGCCCCGGCCCCGACUCCAGCAGCAGCAGCACCUCUCGUUGCCCGCGCCGACGUCCUCGCCCCCACGGCCGCCUGGGUAAGCAUCGCGAAGGACGGCGUGCCCACGACCGUCACCCCCGUGCCGACCACCAUCUCCGGCACCUCGACCCUCGCCUCGGCCGCGCCCAACGCCCUCACCGGCAGCGUCUUCACCAUCACCGACUACCGCCUCGUCAAGGUCACCACCAGCACCGGCGCCCCUCCCGUCCCCACCGCCGAUCACAAGAACGGCCAGGGCGCCUUUGCACCCUGCAACAACAAGGACGGCGACUUCGCGCCCUUCUGCGACCCGUCCAAGGGCAGCGUUGUGUAUACCGACACGACCUACUAUGUGACUUGGGACUCCUCCGUCCUGAUCAAGGGUAACCAGACCGACGUUCGCGUCAAGAUCAAGGGCAAGGAAGUCAACGGCACGACCGUCGGCGACAUCGUCUUCAACAAGGACACCGAGACCACCCAGCUCGCCGCCUACGGAUACUACGCCUGGACCCCGACCGGCUCCCUCAUCCCCAAGGGCCAGUCCAACGCCACCGUCGAGCUGCUCAUGCAGUACACCAUCAACGGCGUCGCGCAGAAGGACGUCACGGGCCCGCAGGUCCUCGUCGCCAAGCGUCCCACCUUCCACCCGGAGGGCGCCAAGAUCCCCAAGGGCGCCGAGCUCUACAUCGCGCUGCCGACCGUGUUCGGCUUCCUGAUCAUCUGCGUCAUCGGCGGCUGCCUCUGGAACCGCAAGACGAGGAAGAUCGGGCUGGGCAACAUCAUGAGCCGCUCGAGGCACGGGUACGGCGUGGGCAAGAGCCGCGCGCAGAGGCUGGGACAGAAGGUCAGGAAGAGCGUCUUCCGCGGCGGCAAGGACCGCGGCAUCGCGCUCAGGACGAGGGAGAUUAGUCCCGAUGGGUACGAGUACCGCGAUCACCCGGUCGAGCACAACCAGCACCAGCAGCAGCAGUACGGUGUCGGUCGCCCCAGGAGGGACAGCGAUGCGCUUGGAAGUCUCGCGGGCAGCCCGACGGAGGACCGGUUCCCGGAUAACGGCGUGCACGGCGGGAACGCUUUUAGGGAGGAGAUGAGGAGGCAGGAGAGGGAGAGAUAUUAG